AUGGGUCAUCUCAUCCCCUUCCUCGAACUCGCCAACCGUCUCGUCCUCCACCACAACCUCCAAGCCACCCUCUUCGUCGUCGGUACCGGCUCCUCCUCCGCAGAAUCCACCCUCCUCCAAAAACCCUCCCUCGUCAACAUCGUCUCUCUUCCUCACUCCUUAUCCUCCCUGGACCCAAACGCCCCCAUCUGCGACAUAAUCAUCUCCAUGAUGACCGCCUCUUUCCCCUUCCUUCGCUCCUCCAUCGCUGCCGUCAACCCUCGUCCGGCGGCCCUCAUCGUAGACCUUUUCGGAACCCCAGCUCUGUCAAUAGCCCAUGAACUCGGCAUGCUGGGCUUGGUUUUCAUGACCACUAAUGCUUGGUACCUCUCUGUCUCGUAUCUUUACCCUUCCUUUGAGAAAUCAAUGGUUGACGCCCACGUGUACAACCACGAUCCUCUCGUGAUCCCGGGUUGCACCCCCGUCCGGUUCGAAGAUACCAUCGAAGUGUUCGAAUUGAACCAGGAGGAAGUUUACGUGGGAUUCGGUCGUUACGCAAGGGAACUUGGAACGGCCGAUGGGAUCUUGUCAAACACGUGGCAGGAUCUUGAGCCCACAACUCUAAAAGCACUCUCCGAAGCUGGGACCCUCGGUUAUGGGAAAGUCAACGAAGUCCCGAUUUAUCCAAUUGGGCCGUUGACUAGGAAUGGCGAGCCCACUUUAGAGAGUGAGGUGUUGAAAUGGCUUGAUCGCCAACCGGAUGAGUCAGUGAUAUACGUGUCCUUUGGGAGUGGAGGGACAUUAUGUGAAGAACAAAUCACGGAAUUGGCGUGGGGGUUGGAGCUGAGCCAGCAGCGCUUUGUUUGGGUCAUACGCCCGCCGGAAGGGACGGAAUCCACGGGAGCGUUUUUCACGGCGGGAAGAGGAUCAUCAAGGGACUAUUGGGCGUCAAAAUACUUGCCGGAAGGGUUCAUAAAAAGAACGAAAGAGGUGGGUUUAGUGAUUCCCAUGUGGGGCCCACAGGCGGAGAUUUUGAGUCACAGAUCGGUGAGGGGAUUUGUGACACACUGCGGGUGGAACUCGUCAUUAGAGAGCAUAGUGAACGGAGUGGCGAUGGUGACGUGGCCGUUGUAUGCAGAGCAGAAGAUGAACGCAGCGUUGCUGACUGAGGAAAUGGGUGUGGCGGUUAGGUUGAGGGCGGAGGGUCAGGGAGUGGUGGAGAGGAAGGAGAUCGAGAAGAAGGUGAGGAUGAUAAUGGAAGGCAAAGAAGGUGAGGGAAUUAGAGAGAGGGUUAAAGAGCUUAAAAUUAGUGGGGGAAAAGCCGUCACCAAGGGUGGGUCUUCGUACAAUUCCUUGGCUCGUGUGGCUUCGGAAUGCGAUAUUUUCCGGCGCCGUAGAGACGGAGGGUAUUAG